AUGGCACACAAGGGGCACACCUACGAUGUGGUGACCACUGUCGAGGCACUCAACGCGAGCUUCUCGUUUGACCCCGACUGCCAUAUCGAUCGCGUCCUGCCAGAUGCGUCACAGGAGCUGGUGAAGCAGGUAUUGUGGGCAACAUCGCGGGUAUCGGCUGUGGACGGCAAGCCUGUUGCGGACAGCCCUGAGCUGAAGGAGGCACUGCUGGCGGCAGUCAUGCGGCACCACAGUCCACCACCUGCAACAGGAGCGGAGAAGAAGGUGCCCACUUUAGCGGUGAUAUUUCCGAAGACCCGAAUCAUCGUCACCUUUGAGCGCACCGAUGAGCACGCAUCCAAGGUCUUGAUCGAAGGCAGCGUUGUCAGCGACGGUACCGUGAGCAAGGUGGAGGUUCUGAGCUCGGCUGCCGUACAGGAGCUGAUCAACGAGAUAGCGCCACCGUCCACUGCGGAACCGCCGCCGGCGCUGCCGACAAUGGAUGUCGAUCUGCGCGGAUCUUUCCGGCGCAGCAUGAACGGCCACCCAGGAGUAACUGCGGCGUUGCUUAAGGAGUCUAUCAGUGCUGCUUCACUAAACUCGAACUCGGCAGGGGGUCGUGGCUUUACAUUGGCUACAGCGACUGGCGGCGCUUUCCAACCAGUAACGCGACUACUCUCCUCCUCGCCACCGCCGCCAGCGCUACAAAGCCACAACAAGAGCAGCGGCUCAUUAUUGGACUUAGACGACAGCGAGGCGGCCUCGGAGGCCUCCUCCAGCGACUUCGACACUGUGCGCAUUUGCCAGCUGAAGGGCACCUCUCCCUCUGACCUGUGCGUUACGACACCCGCCUGUGCCACAGCGGCCGAGCCUGCUACACCAGGGCUGCUCGAGUUUGAGAAGAUGAAGCUUUCGAUGCGCGGGGACGAGAUGCUGCGCCAUCUCGGGUCCGGCGUUAGCACCUUUGGACACGCUGCGAGCGACGUAGCGGAAAUGACGGUCAAGGGUCGUAUCAGGCGCGCGCUGGAUCGUGUAGAGAUGGGGUACUGCGUCAUUUGUGUGACUCAGGAUAUCAAUCCGAUUGCCGAAAUCGAGCUGCUCGCGCUGACAGCAAGGAAGCGCGUCGUCGCCUUUGACUUGAGCAUCAAGCUGCGCCUCCGACCAAAGCCAGAGGUGCUCGCGGCCCAGUUUGCAGAGGCCAUGCGCAGCGGCGCGUGGUUUGUCAUGGUGAACGCGCACAAGUCCAUCAGCACUUGUCUUGUCUUAGAGGAACUGCUGGGGGACGCCCACGAGCAUAACCUCGAGGGCUUUGACCCCUCUGCGCGCAUUAUCAUCGCUUUAGAGUCGCACCCACACUUUCCCAAGGCGCUCGUGCAUCACGCCGUGGUCCUCAAGCUCGUCUCCAACUUCCAGGGCUCGUCCUUCCUGUCGGACUCCAUGGCCGCGUCAAUCUCGCGUGCACGUCUCGUCACAGCGGACGCACUCACCCUGUCCCAGAUGGGUGGCCCGUCGGCGCGCAGCUCGCAGUCCUCGGUGACAUCGAGAGCCACCGUGCAGAAGCCCGCCAAGAAGCACGUGCGCAUCAGUGCUGCGGUGGAUAUCGUUGACAUUGCACCUCGCGAGGUAGUCCAAGUGCAAAAGCGCGAUUGCCCCAUUGACGUGAGCGGCAGCGUCGCUCUCUUCAAGACAUUCAGCGGUGUUAGCGGCGACAAGUUUCUCUGCGUGCGGUCGGCGGGUGAGAUGGGCCGCUUCGCUGUCGGCUCCUCGUGCGGUAACGUCUACUUUUUGGACUCGCUGGGUAAUUCACUCCUUCAGGCCCACGCGCACAACGCCUCCAUCUGGGAUGUCAGCUUCAUCGACAAGUUCCAUUUUGCCACUGGCUGCGAGGACGGGACGUCUGCUGCAUGGAGGCUAGGCGGAUCGCUCAGCGGCGCCUUGGCUGAUGAUGCGGUGCUUGUCCCAACGGCGGCAACGUCACUCGGCUCCGACGUGUACUGCGUCUGCUACCUCAAGAACAUGAACCCCUCCUCACUGCUCAUCGGUGGCUUGCACAACAGCCUUGUCAUCCGCGAGGCGGAGAGUGAGGCGGUACAUCUCGUGCCCAUCCCCUCGAAUGCCCAAGUGGUGGACUGCUUGCCGAACUCGGCCACAGCGUUGGUCGGCGGCGGCGACGGCUCAGUCUGUGUAGUGGACGUAAUGAUGGCCAAGCCGGUCAGCACGCUGAUAGACCACACCCGCAAGCUGCCGGCCCUCGCCGUUCGGGACGAUAAUCAGUUCUUUACUGGGUCCUUCGAUAGCACCAUUCUCUCGUGGGAUUUGCGAGUACCGGGCGGCGUGACGUCGUCCCUGCAGGACGGCGCAGCUGCAGCGGAGCUGUCGGCGCACACGAUGCAUACUCUGAAGCUCAAAAACUAUGUCACCGGACUGGACGUUGACGACGUGCACCUGGCCGCCAGCGUUGGCGAGAAUCUGUACUUGUGGGACAUCCGCAAGCUGCACACAGUGCUGGGCGGCUACCCACAAGGCUGGAAGGGUCUCUCGCGUGGUGUCAAAGUGCAGAGUCUGGCGCAUCUUGUGGUGACGGCGUCGCCGGACGGGUUCGUGCGCUUCUGGAACUUUGUCUAG